UCUUUUUCUAUUUGUUUCGAUAAAUAAGUAUCCAGUCAUGCAUCCAAAUUGGCGAGCUUUGGCCACAUUACACAUUCCUCUCAAACGUUUUGUGACCCAAGGAGCAAUCGUUGAGGAACCUUCAUCGUCAACUUACAAAGAUAAAUAUCAAGUUGCGAAUAUAAACGGUGAAGAAGUCAAAGAAUUUUAUCAAGAACUAAUAAAUGAUCCGCCCACAAGUGCUCCAAAACUAAUUCCUAGGGAAAAGAAAGAAGCGUGCUCAGCAAAUCCAACAUCGUCUCCUCCGAAAGUUCCAUUUGACCAAAAUAAGUUCUUUAGGGCAUCGAUGACGAAUGAUGUAGAAACUAUUCGAAGCUUCGAUUACCGUGGAAGUGAUAUUAACUCAAAAGAUUCGUUUGGUUGGACGGCAGUGAUGAUGGCAGCUUGUGAAGGCUCCGCUGAAGCACUUGGUGCUUUGAUUGGUUUGGGAGCUGACAUAAGUGUUCAAGACAAAAGUGGAAACACGGCUUAUUCUUUGGCAGAAAAGAAACAUUUCUACAAUAUUCUGCAUAUAUUGUCCAGGUGCAACUAUGACGAUGAGGCAAUUGAAAUAGAAGAUGACGGAGAUGAGGGUCAAAAUAUCGUGCACCAGGAAUUCUUUUGCGAUGUCUGUCGACGCAAGUUUGAAGAGACCUCCCUGCGUGACCAUGUCACUUCAACUGUCCACCAAUUCAAUCGAAAGAAGGACAAACAAACCAAGAAUCGUUUUACUAUUCCCGCUAAAAAUAGAGGUCUUAAAAUCAUGCUGAAACAAGGCUGGGAUAAGGAAAGUGGUCUUGGACCCACAAACACCGGUCGACUGUUUCCUGUAAAGACAGUCAUCCGAAAGCCACGAACAGGUCUCGGAACACAGCAGGAACCAGCAAGAGUGACACAUUUCGGUCAAUACGACUUGAAUGCCAUCAAAUACGUCGAGCGUCCUAAGACCAAGAAUCGCAACGACAUGCGUCGUGAGAAGCAACUUGAAUGGAAACGGGAACGGAGAUUACGCCGGGAACUCUCUUAGAACAACAAAAAUUCUCCUAUUUGACCUAUUCUCUCGUCUUCUG